GGGGGUCGCGAUCGCGACCCAUCCAGAUUCUCCCUCCGCCGCCGCUUCUGCCCCCGGAUUAGCCGCCGGCGACCGAGCCCAUCGCGGCUCGCGGGCGAUGCGCCUAUCGUGGUGGUGUGGCUGCCCUUGCUCCUCUCCGUGCGCCUGCUGGUCAGUCAAUCCUUCGCAUCUCCUUGUUUGCUAGCCGAGACAUGGUGGUUACUGGCGAGAUCUGUGGCCUGUUUGGAGCCGGAAUCAGAGUCGAGAAUUCUAACCAGUUUCGCGAGAGAUUCGGGCUAUAAUCCGAUUCGUGUACGGUUCAGCGAAUAGCGUUGAUAUUUCAGAAUCGAUUCGGACAUGGGAUGGUUGCUGAUCUAAUAAAAGUCCAUCCUGAUGGCUCCUUUCGGUGCUCAUCAACCAAAUAGGAGACCAGAAACCAAAAUAAAUCUCCUUUCAGGUGUGGCUCUCAGUUCCACGAUUUCAACAGUGGGGUCUGAGUUGAUGAGGAUAUAAAGCUUGGCAAUAAAGUUUGGAUUUUAAUCCAGACUAGUCAGUAAUUCUCUACAUUGGAAGCUGAUGGACAAAUCGCCGGAGGUGCCGCAGGACGUCCUGCGGCGUAUAUUUGCUAUCUUGGAGGUCCCUGACCUUGUGCGUGCAGGAUCAGUCUGCUCGUCAUGGCGUGCCGCCUACACCAGCCUGUGCAGCACUGGAAAUUGCAGGUUGCGGCAGACACCGUACCUCCUGUACACCUCUGAAUCCACCGAUGCGAGGGAAGCACGUCUCUACAGCAUCGCGGAGAAGAAGGCCUACACAUCGACUCUCCCAGACCCGCCUAUCCAAAGUAGGUAUAUCAUUGGCUCCUCAUAUGGAUGGAUCAUCACAGCUGAUGAGAAGUCCGAGCUUCACCUUGUCAAUCCCAUCACUGGCAAGCAUAUCGCCUUACCAUCAGUCACGACGAUCGAGCAAGUGAAGCCGGUCUUCGAUGACGAAGGUGCUGUGUGCAGCUAUGAGUAUUGGUGGUACACUGGAGAAGAUGUGAUUUCAGACACGCCUUCAGUUUUUCCUCCCAGCAAGCUGAGGGAUUACCUGUUCUACAAGGCCUUCCUGUCUUCGGAUCCGUCUACGGGAGGCUACUAAUUUGUGGUGCUCAUCCACAACCCACAUUCGCAGCUCUCGUUUGCAAGGGCAGGGGACGAUAAGUGGACCUGGUUGCCACCACAUAGUUACUAUGAAGACUGCUUAUUCAAGGAGGGGUUGUUGUAUGUAUCCACUACAAUUGGAGAAAUUCAUACAUUCAAUCUUGGUGCUCCUGCAGUCACACAGACGGUAUUUUUGGACAAGAUGAAAGACAUUUAUUGCGAGAGGAUUUACAUUGUUCAAGGUUCAGGUGGUGAGAUGCUGCAAAUAUGGAGGUCUGAUGCAGUGCCACGUGGAGAAGACGAAGAUGAAACUGAUUCAGAUGUAGAACUGGAAUUAGACCGUGACAAAGUUGUGUUCAAUACCACCGCGAUAACUGUUUAUGAAGUGGAGCCUGCAUCAAAAAAGAUUGAGAAAAUAAGUAGCUUGGGUCAGAACGUGCUGUUUCUGGGGCAUAAUCAAUCACUUUGCCUCCAUGCUGAAGAAUAUCAACAGCUGAAGGCAAAUCAUGUCUACUUCACUGAUGAUGACUAUCUCUAUACUACAGGUUUCAAGAAUAACCGCCGCGACAUUGGUGUAUUUGACUUGGAAAAUAACAGCAGCGAGGAAAUCACAACGCCACAGCUUUGGUCUAACUGGCCAACUCCUGUGUGGUUGAUUCCAAAUCCUCGAAGAAGUUUUGCAACACACAGUUAGGCACACUAGUGUUUCCUUCUGUAAUCAGUUUCAUGCUUCUUUCAAUCUGUAACUUAAUAGCAUGCUGCGUGUUGGUCCAUAUAUAUGUUCAUGCAUGGAAGUGAUUCUGAUAGGUAUCUUUUACCUAUUUCUAAAGCAAGGAUUGUUUCCUUGGUUCGUCAA